CGCAGUCCCGACGACCGCCGUCCCGCCCUCUUCCCCGAUUGGUCGGCGCGGUGGGGCGAGGGGCCAAUCGCGGGGCGGCAGGGCGGGCGGGGUCGGCGGCGCGUGCGAAGAUGGAGGAGUACGCGCGCGAGCCCUGUCCCUGGAGGAUAGUUGAUGACUGCGGAGGUGCCUUCACCAUGGGAGCGAUAGGAGGCGGCAUUUUCCAGGCCAUCAAAGGCUUCAGGAAUUCCCCAGUGGGUGUCAACCACCGACUGCGGGGAAGUCUGGCGGCUAUUAAGACAAGAGCUCCACAACUGGGAGGCAGCUUUGCUGUCUGGGGAGGUCUGUUCUCCAUGAUCGACUGCAGCAUGGUCAGAAUGAGGGGGAAAGAAGAUCCGUGGAAUUCAAUCACAAGUGGAGCCCUGACUGGAGCCAUCUUAGCUGCCAGAAAUGGACCUGUUGCCAUGGUUGGAUCUGCCGCAAUGGGAGGAAUUCUCCUAGCUUUAAUUGAAGGAGCUGGUAUUCUCUUAACAAGAUUUGCCUCCACACAAUUUCAGAACGGCCCUCAGUUCUCAGAUGACCCCUCCCAGCUGCAGCCCUCUCCGUUUGGCGACUACAGACAAUACCAGUGAUCAUCCUCGUUCUGUUAGUUCGUAUUGUAGCUGAGCUGUAAUUUAAAAUGCUGGAGGAUCAGGAUACGGUAUGUCUUUACACCAGUGGUAGUCUCUUACACAAACCAUGCCAAGAGGACCUUCAGCACUUGUCAGUGUCAAGCUGCACAGAACUUUUAGAAGGUGACAGAUCUAUUUAUUCGUAACAGAUUCCAUUGCUGUAACGUUAAUACAUGUCUGAUAGAAUACACGGAGAUUUAAGAUAAGGACCAAGUGGAGUCUUGUAAUCCUUAGGCCAUGGGCUGAAGUGAAUGUCUGCGAAGACUUCUCUGGGAUGUGGCAUUAACCAUCCACAGUGAAUGCAUCUGGAAUUUACCCUUUUCCCUUUUGGAUUUAGGUUGCUACGCAAAGUUUGGAUUUAUGUUUCUACACAAAUUUCGGCUUAAGGGAAAGGUGUUAAUCUACAUACAGUUUUACAUUCCAGAAGUGAAUCUUAGUGGAAUGUACAAGCCAGGGAAAGCUACUUCCAGCAAUAUAUGUUUAUCUGUUCUUUGUUUACCAUGCUGCUGUCAUGCAAACCAAGUUCUUUGGUUAAAGCAGAAUCUGUCUUCUGUGAAUUUCCAUGCUGCAGCAUACCUCCGUCCUUCCCCUGAGUAUGUGGGGUGUUAAGGCCCUUCUUGCAGGAGGUGGCAGCAUGGUAAUUCUGUGGCUGUGCUGAGACCUUGACUUUGGCUUGGCUACUGCUUUACUGUGGCUUUCACAACAGACUCAAGCAGAAAUGCCAUAGGCAGCUUCCCCUGCUGGAACUGUGCAGUGGGAUGGCUGUAGGGGCCCAGGACACAAAGCAGUGAGCUCUGUGUGGCUGGAGGAUGAGGCACAUUGCACCUGCAUGCAUGCUUUCAGCACAGUCUCUUGGCUUUUUAUUGUGGAUUGAGUCCUCUGGUGCUCUGAAAGUAGCACAGUUCCAUUGGUUCCAUGUUUUUGUUCUUAAACUCUAGUUGUGAAGGCAUGUUCCCUCUUGCCAGCAGUUAAAAAAAAAAAUCAUAUCCAGUGGGGUUUUCUGUUGUAGGUCCUAGCUAAUAGGUAUCAGGAAGUGCCAGCAGGUGAUAGCAUUCAAAGACUUGUUUAGUAUUAUCCAAGACUCUUCAGAACUUUUCUUCUGCCCAGGAAGGAGCUUGAUCUCCAUACUCUUUGAGGAAACUGUCAGACUCAUUCAGUAGGAGAAGCGGUCAAAUGAGUGAAUUAAGAUUGUACAAUAUCCUGAACAUAAGGCUUCUAUGUCCUGUAAAAGCGACAUUUGCCUCCCCUGUUUCCACCACCCUGCCUGUCCUAGAUCUGCUCCAGGACCAUGGUGGCUUGCUGCUCUGGUACCUUGCUGUUUGUUUGGUAUUGUUGCUGCUGGUAUGUCAUUUUCAAAAAUCUUUAGCACAACAGCCUUGUGUUUGUGAAGGCUUGUCUCGCUUUGCCUCUUACCUGGUUGCCCAGGUGAAUUGUAAAGGAUUGUCUUGAUUUGUUACUCA